AUGGAUUUAUUGGGUGAGAUAGUUGAAAAAAAUCUAGAUGAUGAUCAUGCAGUUGGUGAUGUUCAAAUGAGUAAGCAAAAUGCCAACAAUGGAGGAUUUCCUGAGUUGUACAAACCUGAAAAAAUUUCGUCGUGGAGGCAACGUUUGAAAGCUAAGGGACAGCGUGCUUGGCAAAAUGCUGCUGGUUCUCCAUCUGAACAAAAGUUAACCUAUGCAGAGAAGGUAGCUGCCAAUGAAAUUAAAGGUGAAGAUAAGCCUGUGUCUGAAGUGAAAUCAAUCCAUGAUGAGAAUAUUAAUAGACUUAAAAAUAUGAAUGACGAAGAGAUUAUGAGAGAGAGAAUGGAAUUGUUCGAGUCACUAGAUCCAAAGUUGAUUCAAAAGCUAUUGAAAAAUAUGAAUAAGAGAUCCAUGACUGAAGAUGGUACACCCAUUUUUGCGGAGAUAGAAGGUGCACCAGGGACUUGGGUUGGUGGAACGAACGAUUUGCAUAAUUUGCCGACACUUUCUGGGAAGAGUGUCGAAGAAGCUUUGGGCACAGGUCAUAAACAACACUCAGUUUCCGAAAUCAAACCUACAAAGGUGGAAAAACAAGAGGACGUACAAGAUUAUAACGAGGACGAUGAUAAUGAAUUACUUUAUGAGGAUGAAGUUGACGAUAUUGCUCCAUUAGAUUUCCAAUUGGCACAGAAUAUAGACCAUAUGACUAAUGAGGAACUAAUGAGUGAUGUGCAUUUCGUCAGAGAAGUGAAAAAUGAUUCUAUUAAUAAAGAUAAUGAGAAGUUAUUUGAGAAAUUAGAUAUUAACGACCCUGAAUUCAACUCUAAACUUCACGAGAAAUAUUUCCCAGAUUUACCAAAAGAUAUUAGCAAGUUAAAAUGGAUGGAAUCUGUAACCAAGACAGAGGAUGGUGAGGAAAUAGGAGAAUCAUCUUCAGUUAUUGAAGACGUAACACAAUUAAGAUUCGAUUUCAAAGGUAACUUAAUUCCUCCAAGUAGAAAAAUUGAAAACACAACUCAAUCUGCAUUACACCAUCAUUCACAAGACCCUCAAUUAGCCGGUUACACGAUUCCUGAGUUAGCAAGGCUUACCAGAUCGACCUUUCCACAACAAAGAUCUAUCUCGAUCCAAGUUUUAGGAAGAAUCCUAUAUAAACUGGGCAAACAAUCAUACUAUCAAUUAAUCCCAGAAAUAGAUCAAGAAACAUAUCAAGAGCAUGGUAGUACGCAAGGCGUAAUAAACAAAAUCUAUUCUAUGAUAUGGGACUUAUGCAAAGACUGUCAAGUUAUUGAAUCCCUAGAAGAUGCAGCUGAUGAGAGAAAAACCAGUCAUCUGACAGUAAGAAACUAUGCCAUUGAAGCCCUAUGGUUAUGGAAAAAUGGUGGUGGUGAUUUCAGGGCAAAACAUACUGAAACAAAAACUGAUUAA